GGAGGCCAGUUUUGGAGCAGGCGCUGAGCAGUGCACAUCUACCCACGGUCUAGCCUCUUUCCAAAACAGUCAAAUUCAAGCAAGUCGUCAUCUCUCCCCAUCUCGUGUCCUCAUUUUUUUGUAAUCCAAUUUGAAGCUUUUAUUUUUUUCCUGGGAAGUUCUGAUUUCUAUAUCCACUGAGCCUUUUCAAAUGUAUAAAAUGGAAUAUUCUUACCUAAAUUCCUCCGCCUACGAGUCAUGUAUGGCUGGGAUGGACACGUCGAGUUUGGCAUCAGCCUAUGCGGACUUCAGCUCGUGUAGUCAAGCCAGUGGGUUUCAAUACAAUCCGAUCAGGACCACGUUUGGGGCUACCUCCGGCUGCCCGUCGCUCACGCCGGGUUCCUGCAGUCUGGGGACCCUGCGGGAUCACCAAAGCAGCCCGUACGCCGCAGUUCCUUACAAACUCUUUACGGACCACGGUGGACUGAAUGAGAAGAGAAAGCAGAGGCGCAUUCGGACCACUUUUACCAGCGCACAGCUGAAGGAGCUGGAGAGGGUUUUUGCUGAGACACACUACCCGGAUAUCUACACAAGAGAGGAACUUGCCCUGAAAAUCGAUUUGACUGAAGCCAGGGUGCAGGUUUGGUUCCAAAACCGACGCGCGAAAUUCCGCAAGCAGGAGCGCGCGGCUGCGGCUGCUGCAGCAGCUGCCAAGAACGGUUCUGGGAAGAAGUCGGACUCUAGAGAUGAGGACAGUAAAGACACCAAAUCUACCGACCCUGAUAGCACGGGGGGACCCGGGCCAAACCCCGUCCCAUCCUCCAACUGUGGCGGGCCCAGUCCAACCGGUGGCCAGGUUAAUGUUUCCAGCGGAAACGGACAAGUGGACCAAGUGAAGACGUCGGUGGCUCCAGGCAUGGGUGGAAACACACCGAGCCAAGGUUGGGCUUCUGCCCCGGGUACUAUCACCUCUAUCCCAGACUCAUUGGGUGGACCGUUCGCCAGUGUACUGUCCUCUUUGCAAAGACAGAACGGAGCCAAAGCUACGUUAGUAAAGACCAGCAUGUUCUAAUACAGCGGAGACCCACUGACAAAAUCAAACAAGAGAAACAUGGUUUACUCCGGUGACUGAGUGUGGAGUCGAGGAAGAAGGGAUGUUGUUACAAGACAGUCAGAAGGACACUGAUAGGCCAAUCUAGACCGCAGUUGUAAAAUUAUGAAGAUGACUACUUUUAUUUUGCAUCACUCUUUCCUACUUGGUUACGGUCCGGUAUUGUGGUCAUUCUGCACUUAUAACUCUUUGGUUCAAGCAGCCCCUAACCACAAACUGCUGCGCAUUCAUAAGCAGUGUCCAAUUAUAUGACCAUAUUUCAUCAAUAUAUAUCGGGCACUGUAAGCUAUAUCUGCUGUAUUGUUAAAUGAUUUUGAUUGCCAACAUUCUGACUGUUUUCUUUUUUUUUUUUAAUAGGCUAUAGCCUAUCCAAUGUCUCUGCUUAUAAUUGAAUGAGACAUUGACCAUUUUGUUCACUUCCAAACUUCACUGUUCAGGGCUUGUGGAGAAUUUAGUUUCUUUUCACCCAUAAUUUCCUCAAAAAAGGCACAAAGUACACAAGUUCACCGCUGACAGGAAUACGUAAUUGUUUUGUGUGUCUUUCUACGGCUGUGUUUUUGUGGCUCAAGUUGUAUAUUGUUAAUACGUAUUGUCUCCUAUAGUUAACCAUAUAGGCUAUACUCCCCUUGUAGAAUCACGAAGUCUUUUUGACGUUUUACAAAGUUACAACUGGCAAAUUUAUUUUCGGUAAAAAAGGGAAUGGAUGCAAACACUGUAUUUAUUUCAUUAUUAUUUGCAUGUCGUCUUUUUUGUCAGAUUUUAUAAUAAUUUCCCCCAUUUUGUGAGCAUAAUGUAACAAGUUUUGUCCAGGAUUUGAAAGUUAUUUAUAUGUAAGCAAUGAAUGCUUAUAUUUAAGACGGAAAUAUUUCUACAUGUGCACAUAGUUUUCCAGGUGUACCAUUCAAAUGGUUG